CGUAAUUUACAGUGGCAUAGAUAUGUUCAUGCUGGGUAGCAUAAAACGUGCCACAUCCCAAUCAGUGUUGGGUUCCAUGGCGCUUUUUCGAUCAUCCAAAAGGUUCCUCAUCUCCAAUCUCCUCCUUCCCCUCUCGGAAUCUUCUUCAAUAUCCCUUAAUCCUUCGUCAAGUUCAAAUUUUCACCACCAUUACCCCAAACCCACAAUCCAAUUUUCCUACGGGUCUCCAAAACACACCACAUUGGCCUUCCACACGGCCCAACCUAGGUCCACAUCCAACGCCGAAGCAAUCUGCAGAAUCUUAUCCAACUCUCGGGACUCCACCGUCGCUGCCUCUCUCGCUGCUGUUGUGGUGAAUCCCUCGCCGGAGCUCGUCCUCGAGGUCUUGAACAAACUCAGUAAUGCCGGUACCCUGGCGCUUUCGUUUUUCCGUUGGGCCGAGAAGCAAGGCGAGUUCAAACACACCACAGAGACCUUUCACGCAUUGAUCGAAGCACUGGGUAAGAUCAGACAGUUCAAAUUGAUUUGGACUUUGGUCGACGACAUGAAGCAACGAAAGUUGCUGACUUCUGACACUUUUGCCCUCGUUGCUCGGCGAUACGUGCGAGCACGGAAGGUCAAGGAAGCAACCGAGACAUUUGAGAAGAUGGAGCGUUACGGUUUGAAGCCGCAUGUAUCGGAUUUCAAUAAGUUGAUCGACGUGUUGUGAAAAUCCAAGGGUGUUGAGAAGGCACAUGAGAUGUUUGAUAAAAUGCGGCAUUUAGGGUUGGACCCCGAUAUCAAGUCCUACACCAUUUUGCUAGAAGGGUGGAGUCAUCUGCAGAACUUGAUCAAACUCAAUGAGUUGUGUAGGGAAAUGGAGGAUAAAGGGUUUCAGAUUGAUGUUGUUGCGUAUGGGAUAAUCAUCAAUGCGUAUUGCAAGGCUAAGAAAUUUGAUGAAACCAUUGGGUUGUACCAUGAGAUGAAAGCUAAGGGUCUGAGGCCUAGUCCCCAUGUGUAUUGUACUUUGAUUAAUGGUUUGGGUUCGGAUAAGAGAUUGAACCAAGCUCUUGAGUUUUUUGAGGCAUCUAAGGCUAGUGGCUUUGCACCUGAGGCUCCCACCUACAAUGCUGUUGUUGGGGCUUAUUGCUGGUCUUUGCGUAUGGAUGAUGCGUAUAGGAUGGUUGGAGAGAUGAAAAAGUGUGGGAUUGGUCCAAAUUCUCGAACUUUUGAUAUUAUACUUCAUCAUCUUAUAAAGGGUCGUAGGAUUGAAGAGGCUUGCUCGGUUUUUCACAGAAUGAGUGGCGAGUUUGGGUGUGAGCCGAGUGUGAGCACGUAUGAGAUCAUGGUGAGGAUGUUUUGUAAUGAAGAGAGAUUGGAUAUGGCGAUGGCAUUUUGGGAUGAGAUGAAAGAGAAGGGAAUUCUUCCUGGAAUGCACAUGUUCUCCACGUUGAUCUGUUCCUUGUGUCAUGAAAGUAAGUUAAAUGAAGCGUGUAAGUACUUUCAAGAAAUGUUAGAUAUGGGUAUCCGGCCUCCGGCCAAAAUGUUCAGCACCUUGAAGGAAGCUCUAGUUGAUGCGAGGAUGGAGCAUAUUGCCAUGCAUUUUGCUUUGAAAAUUGAUAAACUCAGGAAGUCUCCAUUGGUUGCUUGACAAAAAGGCACACAUAAUAUAUCAGGAAUUUUCAUAUGAUCUUGAGAUAUUUGUCUGCCUGUCUUGGUAAACGUUUGUUCACAGGAGAUGGAUAUGAUGUUCUUGUACGACAGUGUGUGAGAAGAUUCUUUUCAUAUCAUUUGGAGACAUUUAUAUAUGAAUGGGGUUCUUGAGAAGGAAUUUGUGCAUCACACAGUCUGAAAAUUUCAGGUUUCCCUUGAUUCCCAAGGGCAAUUCAUAUGGGAUACCUAUGAUCUACAGAACCAUCUGUAACAUUUGAUUAAAGGAAUUUUUAUCAGGAGGCCUUGUAGGCAGAAACAACUUUAGCUUUCUAA